GGUUGGAUUACCAUCUCGAAACGGGUUACCGACGAAGAUAACGGUAACGGUAAUCGCUGACUUCGCCAUUCUAUCAAACGAUGAGACGUUGUUUCUCAACGUUCACAAAACCCCUGAAUUCUCCCCAAAACCCUGAAUCCUUCCUCAAUCGCUGCAAAUCAAUUCACCAUUUUUAUCAAAUCCAUGCUCAAUUAAUCACAAAGGGCCAAGUUUCUGAUCCCAUCGUCGCCGACAAGUUCCUGAAAUCUGUUUCGCCAUGCUCGGUACCUUAUGCCCACAAGGUGUUCGAUCGAAUUCUGAAACGGGAUGUUUUCCUCUACAACACCAUGAUCAAAGCUGGGUCGGCAACGCCCGAUUCUUGUCGCGACUCGCUGGUUCUGUUCCGGUCCAUGGUUCAGGUUCCGGGUCUUUCCCCGAAUCGUUACACGUUUGUGUUCUGUUUCAAGGCGUGUGGGAACGGAUUGAGUGUUUGCGACGGAGAGCAGGUUCGUGUUCACGCCAUAAAAGCUGGUCUUGAGAGCAAUCUGUUUGUCUCGAAUGCGUUGAUCGGGAUGUACUCGGCUUUGGGAUUGGUUAGCGAGGCGAAAAAGGUGUUCGACUGUGCAGAUUUGAAGGAUAUCUAUACUUGGAACAUUAUGAUUGGUGGGUUUGUCGGAAGUGAGUUGAUGGAUCAGGCCAAGGAACUCUUUGAUGAAAUGCCUGAACGUGAUGUUGUCUCGUGGAGUUCGCUGAUAGCUGGCUACGUGCAGGUAAGCUGUUUUGCAGAGGCAUUGGAUACAUUUCAUGAGAUGUUGCAAAUGGGUUUUCCUCCAAAUGAGUUCACUCUCACAAGUGCUCUGACAGCAUGUGCCAAUUUGGUGGCAUUGGAUCAAGGAAGGUGGAUCCAUGUGUAUAUCGAUAAGAGCAAUAUCGGCAUCAACAACGAUAGAUUGCUUUCUAGCCUUAUCGACAUGUAUGCAAAGUGCGGGGAGAUAGAAUUGGCCACUGAAGUUUUCAACAGUAGAAACGCUCUGAAAAGACAUGUCUGGCCUUGGAACGCAAUGAUUGGUGGGUUUGCUAUGCAUGGGAAACCACAGGACGCCAUUAACACUUUCGAGCAAAUGAAGAUUAAAAAGGUUCCUCCUAACAAAGUCACAUUUGUUGCACUGCUUAAUGCUUGUAGCCACGGUUACAUGGUUGAGGAAGGAAGAUAUUAUUUCAAGUCGAUGUUAGAUAUCCACGGUCUUGAACCAGAGAUGGAACACUACGGUUGUAUGGUAGAUCUACUCGGGCGGGCUGGACUGUUGAAGGAAGCAGAAGAGACGAUAUCAAGCAUGCCAAUGCCACCAGAUGCUGCCGUAUGGGGAUCACUGCUCCGAGCGUGUAAAUUACAUAAAGACAUUCAAAGGGCUGAAAGAAUUGGGAGCACCAUCAAAGAAUUGGAACCAUCCCAUACCGGCUGCAAGGUCUUGUUGGCAAACAUGUACUCUUCAUACGGAAGAUGGAAUGAAGUGAACGCCCUGAGAGAGAUCAUUGGAAAGAGUAGGAAAAAGAAAACUCCGGGUUGCAGCUCUAUCGAGUUGAAUGGGGCGUUCCAUGAAUUUCUUUCAGGCGACCAGUCUCAUCCGGAAACCAAACGGUUAUAUCUGUUCUUGGAUGCGAUGGCUUCGAAGCUUAAACUGGCCGGGUAUGUCCCAGAAGUAGGCGAAGUGCUACAUGAUGUUGACGAAGAAGAAGAGAAAGAGACAGCUCUGUCAAGACAUAGCGAGAAACUAGCCAUUGCUUUUGGGUUGAUGAACACAGAACCGGGAACUAUAAUCCGUAUAGUGAAGAACUUGAGAGUAUGCUUGGACUGCCACGAGGCGACAAAGUUCAUUUCAAAGGUUUAUGAAAGAGAGAUAGUAGUCAGAGACCGGAUCAGGUUCCACCAUUUUAAGGAUGGCUCCUGUUCUUGCAAAGAUUACUGGUGAAACCAUGGAGGGAAAUUGUCAUAUGGGUCUCCGAUUUCUUGGCCAUUAUCUGCUAUUGCUUUUACCUGGAAGAAGCUAAUCACAUGCAUCCAGAAGCAAUCUAACAAGGCGGAGGGUGAGAGUUUGCAGUCAUGAUCCAUCACUGAGACUCAAUAUAUGAACUCAGAUCUUCAACUAGGCGAAAGUUGGAGAU